UACUUCCACUCCUACCGCCGGUACCAGCACGGCCGGAAAGUUCGGCGUCCACCGCCCGAUGGUAAAAGCUCGUGACACGGACUGUGCCGGCGCGCGCGUACAACGUACACACUCAACGGUGCCGUACCGCGACCGGCGCGCAGCACUUAUAGUUUGACUUCUCGACGUACACCGGUGCGCGCACUCUCCACGUUGUCCAGCCGGUCACCGUCGUCGUUGGAUGUACAACCGCGGCGUUGAUGCCGGACACCGGUUCUGAAGCCGUUCGCGCCGCCGGCGGUUAACGUCCGCCGGGUCAGCGAACCCCUGCGGCCGGCAUGUCCGCGGUGCUGCAACAGCCGCCGUCCGGAGGAGCACCGCAAUCGUCGCUGCUGCCGCACCUGCACCCGCACGGCCACCAUUCGCACCAUUUGCACCACCGGCCGGCCGCCGAGCUACAGGCCGCGGCCCACAACCCGGACGUGUUGCUCGCACUGUUGGCCAGGAACAAGGCUCUGGAAGCUAGUAUACCUAAGUGUGGUGGUUGUCAAGAAUUAAUUCUGGACAGAUUUAUUUUAAAAGUAUUGGAACGUACUUGGCACGCUCGCUGUUUGAAGUGCAACGAGUGUGGUGCUACAUUAGCCGACAAGUGUUUUGCCAGAAACGGAAUGCUGUUUUGUAAAGACGACUUCUUUAAAAGGUACGGGACAAAAUGCGCCGGUUGCGAUUUGGGAAUCCCACCCACACAAAUCGUCCGGAGGGCUCAGGAUCUUGUUUAUCAUCUACAAUGUUUCGCAUGCGUUAUGUGUGGUCGCACAUUGAAUACUGGAGAUGAAUUUUACCUUAUGGAAGAUCGUAAAUUAGUGUGCAAACCUGAUUACGAAGCAGCCAAAACCAAAGAGGGAGGAUGCCUGGAUGGUGAUCAACCAAAUAAGCGACCAAGAACCACUAUCACGGCCAAACAAUUGGAAACAUUGAAAAUGGCAUACAACAACAGUCCAAAACCUGCUAGACAUGUAAGGGAGCAACUAAGUCAAGACACUGGAUUAGAUAUGAGAGUGGUCCAAGUUUGGUUUCAAAACAGACGCGCAAAAGAAAAACGGCUUAAAAAGGACGCAGGCAGAUCACGCUGGAGUCAAUAUUUCAGAACCAUGAAAGGAUCGAUAUCACCUCGAAACGACAAAGAUGAUCUUAAAGUUGAUCUUGAUUCAAAUUUCAGUCAUUCGCACGAUUUAGAAAGCAAUGACAGUUAUGGAACUAGCACAUUGACCAUAGAUCAAGAACAUAGCUCUCCUUUACCCGGGAGUCAUCACCAUAAGUUUUUGCCCGGCAACUCUUCACCAUCAUCACAUCAAUACAUGUCAUCACCCACUCAACACGUAACCACAUUUACAGCAGAUAACGGUUACAUCACAGUAGGUCCUGCGCAUUCUGCUCCGUCAGAAUUAAGCGACAACAGUAGCACACAUGGUUUUGCGGAUUUCCCGCCAAGUCCAGAUUCAUGGCUGGGAGAAACACCACACAGAUAUUAAAAAUAUAUUAUUAUUAAUUAAAAUAACGUAUUAACGAAGUACAAAUCAAAAAUGUUCUUUUUAACUACCAAUGGCUAACGAACAAACUGACUGGGAAAACCAAGUCUUUAAAAUGUUUAAUAAAUAUUUUAUUUCCUGUAUUUGUGUGAAAUGUGUAUCAUUAGUUCGCGCAACCGUUUUUAUGGUAUUUCAUUAGGUCUUUUGCCAAGAAUCGUGUUUAGAUGUAGAUAUUUUUUUCUUUUUGAUCUCGAAUUUAUAUUCCUUUAAUAUGUUAUCUUUAAACAAAUCAAAAUAAUUUUUCAUAGGCUACGAAAUUUAUUGUUCUAAUUUAAAAUUCGUUGCCUCGACAGAAAUUAUAAUAUACAUGUACAUAUAUAAUAUUAAGGCUAUAUUGUAUCAUUGUAUGUUAAGUAUUACCCUUUGGAAGACUAAGUUAUGUAAUUAAUUUAAUUUUACCUUAAGAUAUUCAACGUGUAUGAAAUGUAAAAUAAGCUUUAAUAAAUGUAUCGUUAAUAAAGAAUUGUUUGAGAUGCCUUAAUAUUUAUAAGCUUAUCAUAUUUAAUUUAAAUACCUAUUACUUAAGUCUGUACAUUUCAUCAACAAAAUAGACGGAUUGCCUGAUGAUCACUAUCAACUGUGUACCAGUAAUCAUUGUUCAGUUUAUAAUUAGAUUGCGGUGUACUACGACCAACGACGGCGCGAUGGCACAGAAAUUAAUGUCGUGAAUCCGGUUUCAAUAUCGUCUAUAAUACGCGGAUUAUUCUUCCCGGCCCCUCCGUCCAAAUAGCCAAUUACGUCCAAAACCAUUACAUAUUACGAUUAAACCUGUCGGACGUCAAUUUCAAAGAAACGGCGACCGUCAUCGAAAUUACUAAAAUAGUGUUUCCAUCGAAAUAACUAUUUAUAGGUUUUAUAUUUUGUG